GCCCUCACAGCCCAUCGCUGGCGCUGGGUAGAAAUAUGUACAGGCGCCCGUCUUCAUAUCAGAAUGUCGCCAACUGUUACACUUUGCAUUUCAACCGGCUCCUGUGUGUGUCGCAACCCGCGUCGCAUUAAGACUUAGGUCGGCCACCCUUUAAUGAUGCUGAGCAGGCUUCCUUCGGCUCUGUCUCUGCUUCUUAUCACCUCUUGGGCAGACGCCGCACCAGGUUUCAUCCCAAGAGACCCUGCUCACGCACUCGAGGGCCGAGCUCCUACCUCAAACUACGUCGCUCGAAACGCAACGCCUCUCCCUGCGCAGAUUUGCGGCCUCGUCGGCGGCUACGUCCUUACGGUACUUAUUUGGGGGGUUCUGCUCCUCACCGUCGGAAGAAGGAUGAGACGAAAGACGCAGACCUCUCCCAAGACCCUGGAGCUCGAGCUGGUUACCACAAAACCACCUGUCAAGACACCAGCAUCACCUGGGUCCGCCCGCUCUGUUACUUCUUGGUCUAAGAAAUUGUUCAAGAAGCCUCCGAGUAUUAGCGAUUCCGCGGUUGGCAGUCCACAGAGUCCCGUCGUACAGUCCCCCAGUUCUUUCGACCAGAAGGUUGUUGAAGCGGACCGCGAGCGUGCUCAAGCCGAGAUGGAACGCCUAUAUGCUGCCGUCAUGGACCAUGACAGGAAGAAGUCAUACUCCCAAGUCAGCACAACUGAACACGAAGAGACAGGCCCUAAGGACAGAAGACCUUCGGAGAUCAGCACCUCUGCGACACGGGAACCUCAAUCGAACCCAAGCUCACCAAUCAAGGCCAUAUACCCGCCUGGCUAUCACAAUGGCCCACCCACUGCUCCCCUCCCAAGGGAUCGUCUUCGAGACCAACCGCCAGCCAGCCCACGCAGCAUCCUCUCCAAAAAAUCUCACAAUUCCAUCGCCUCCUCGAGUAGCAAGACCCGCUUCAAUCUCAAAAACCUACGCAUCUCAGGGCCAAUUCAAAAGUACCCUGGCGAGUCUGUCCAUGAUGAAGCCCGCACACCACUCUCUCCACGCUUCUACAACCCUGGCGCUCCUCCAUCCCCACCAACACAGCAGAACUCGCCAGCCACUCCCGGCGAUGAGGAGGCAUACGAAAAACUCGAUGAAGUUCAACCUCUCCCACAUCCAGCGCCCCAGCGUGUAGGCUCCUCCUCCCACUCACCAACCACCAAUGGCAACAGGUCCGCCACAUCAAGCUCGAACUCCCUCCCUCUUCGAGGCUUUGCCGAGCCCCUCAAAUCUCCUGAGCUCCGAACAACAUAUGUUGACAGGCGUAUGGACAAGCUGUCAAUGACGACUCCUAAGACCGGUGUGCCAUAUACACCGUAUUCGCCUUACAUGCCGUUCACUCCAGUCACUCCCAUCACUCCGCAUCUAGUCACCAAGAAGGAUCGCAAGGCGUCGAAGAAGAUCCAGGGACGUAAACUCGCCACCCACGAGGACAUGGUGCAGAGUCCGAAGGAGAUCUUCGGCGAUGCGUACUAGAUUACCCGCCUGCCAAUUGAGCACUUUCGAUGUUUACUCUUUUGUAACCUUAACUGACCUGAAUGGUAUGUCGGGGGUUUUUAAACGCUGACCUUUACGUUUCUUCUUUCUUUGAGACUUGCGAUUAGGGGGCUUUAGGAAGGGGCUCAACGAAACUUAUACCUGAUUCAAGACAUCCGCGUUUCCUUUACUAUCUUUCUUUUAUAUAUUUGGAGUGAAGGGCACUCUCUUCGGAGCCUUGGAUCAAAGGAGGGGGAUGGAGAUGGUUAUCGGUGUUCGUAGCAUGGCUGAACUAAACGACUUAAUGCAGUCGUAGACAAUCCACUUUGUCCUCUCAUGUCA